AUGCGUUCUCUUACACUGUUGAGGACUGCAGCGUUUCUGAUUGCUGGCGCUGCUGCACAGGCGCCUGUAAAGGAUGGAGAUGCUGUUGUGUUCGGGAAGGGCGGGACGUAUCCUAGAGCUGUGAGGCUAGCGGAUAAUUCGUUGCUGGGGGUGUAUACGGCGAGUGGUGGGGGGAACAGGACUAUUACUACUGUGAGGUCGACGGACGAUGGGGCAUCAUGGAGUCCGCUUGGUCAAGUUGACACCGCACCCUCAGCCACCCGCGACCUCGACAACCCCUACGUUCACCAACUCCCCAACGGCCACAUCCUCUGCGCCUUCCGCAACCACGACCUAGGCAACGGGCCGAAGCAAGAUCCAACCUGGUACCGCAUCACCAUAACCACCAGCACCGACCUCGGCGCAACCUGGAGCUUCCUCACGCAGGCCAUCGAGAUGCCCGGCGGCGCUGACGGCCCCUGGGAGCCCUUCUUGCAGACCGCCCUCGACGGGACUACCCAGCUGUACUACUCCAAGGAGACUGGACCAGGCGGGCAGGACAGCAUCAUUCGCGCGACUUCGGACAAUGGCUUGACGUGGAGCCCUGAGCGCGUGUUCACGGGCGAGGAUACGAAUGCGCGCGAUGGCAUGCUAGGCGUUACACGCGUAGCUGAGAAUAGUCCCACCAAGGUCGCUAUCUUCGAGUCCGGCACCGACGGCCACUUCAUCGUGCAGACUGUGCGCAGCACUGACGAUGGAGCAACAUGGGACCCCACGCGGUACACGGUGUCGAGCAAUCCGGGGUGGAAUGCUGGAGCGCCGCAGAUUGUGCGGGUUGGGAGCACGCUUGUUGCGAGCUAUGGGACGAAUGAGAAGGGCGGAGCGUGGCCCGAGGGCGCGAUGGCGUUGAGAGUAAGUCGGGAUGGGGGCUUGACGUGGACGGAUGAGACUGUGGUGCAUGAGUUGCCGGCAAUGUGGGCGGGGUUGGUUGGACUGGAUGACACGACUUUCCUCGCGCUGUAUGAGAGCGGAGGAACGAGUUAUGCCCAGAGGAUGAGGUUCGGGUAGAUUCGUG